AUGGCCUCGAGUGACGGCUCGCCAGGAGCACAAGACCACAAAGCCGUGCAUGAGUGGCCCAUACCGGGCAUAGGGCGAGUCCUCAUCACAAACCGGAGCGUCGGCUCCCCUUCGACCAUCAACAUCCUCCUCACGUUUCCCAAUCCGGCCAGUCUCGACGCCUCCCGCCUCGCCAGGAGAACCGCCGAGCUCCAGCAGAAAUGGCCGCUCCUCAGCAUCACCAUCGCCGACCAGCGCACCCCCCGCCCGGCGAUGCGAUACCGCCGCGCGAGCUGGGACGCAGACCAGGUCCUCCGCCGUGAGACCUACGACGCCAACCCGGCCGACCCGGGCGCGGAGCGGGACUGGAUCUACGAUAGGGCGCUGCGGCUCUUCCAGGAAAAGGUCUCGUUCGACAGCGAUCCCCUCUGGAGGGUCACGCUCUUCCGCGCCUCCUCAAAUCCCGACCACCACAGGCUCUACCUCUCCCUGACGCUCGACCACAUCAUCAUCGACGGCCGCGGAGCCGUCAAGCUCGCCAGGGCCCUUAUCGCCGACGACAUCUCGGAGCACCCAAAGGAGGACAUCGCAAUCUAUAAGGGUAUGGGCGGCGAAGAGAUCGAGGGCAUUCCUCCCUACUCCUUCAUCGCCUCGACCAUCUUUAGCAUGCUUGUGAUCCCGCGCCUGCCCGGCUUCCUCCAGAGGUGGCUGGGCCACGUCCCCGCCUGGCCCCAGAAGGUCGCACGGCCGCCGAUCGACAGCCCCUGGAAGUUAUCGAUCCUCGACGUCCCCGCCGGCCUGAUGCACAAGCUCAAAGCCGCCGGGAAGCGGCACGGGAUCGCCACGCUCAACCCGACGCUCCACACCGCGUGGGUGCUCGCGAUAUGGACCGUAUUCAUCGGCAGGAGGGACGACCUCUCCAUACGGGACUGCUCGGUCAAGGAUCUGCGCGACGUCAGCAAGGGAGACCCGUACUGCCUCGCCGGCCACGCGACCAUGUUCAUGUGGUCCACCGGCAGCUUGACCGCCCGGAGCCGCUUCUGGGACCUGGCCAGGUCGUACGGAGGCGUGUCGGCGGACCCCCAGGCCGCCGUCGACGGCUUCAACAUGAUGAAGAUGCUGAACCUGGUCAAGGAGAAGCCGACCAAGCCCGAAGAGUGCCGGUACCGCGCUCCCGACCCCGCCGUCCUGCCUGCUGGAGACAAGAGGGCGCACACGCUGCGGGAGGAGGGGGCGCUGAAAAAGAUCAACUCUUUGUGCCCCUACGACGGACUAAGCGGUAUCUGGUCCAAUCUGUCGUACAUGGCGCUGCCCGAGGGAGCCACGGAUAUGAUCUUUGGUGUGUCUGGGAAUGACACCGGCACUGCGUUCAACACCUGUCUGGUCGGGCACGAGAACGGGGUGCGGCUGCAGAAUGCGUUCUCCGACGGCGCGGCGAUGACAGAGGAGGGCGUCAAGAAGGCCGAGAAGGUCUUCGUGGGCAUCCUUGAGAGUAUUGCCGCCGAGGAGGGCGAAGACUGGCUCGUGGGCGAGCUUCUCAAGGAUGCCUAG